AGACGAGGAGGAGGUGGAGUGACUCGGCGGCCAUUAGCUGUGUGUAGUUGCCCGGGACUAGGAGCCUAAGUGGAGAGGGAAGGCUUAUUCGGUGGAAAUCAACUGUGGGCAUGGGCCUCUACCGGGGCUACCCCUAGAGUACGGAGAAGGCGGGCUUUUUGGUUCACCGCCCCGCUAACUAGCGGGGCCCACUAGGCCUCCGGACAUCCCCGGUGUCAAGUAGGCCUCGUCUGCCGGCAAGGGCGCCCCAAAGGCGGGAGGCGCCAUGUCGCUGGUUGCUUACGCCAGCAGCGAUGAGAGUGAGCCGGAUGAGGCUGAGCCGGAGGCGGAGGAGGAGGAGGAGACGGCAGCCCCUACACCUGGGCCCACUUUAGGGGGCUUGUUCGCUUCUCUUCCCGCGCCCAAGGGUCCGGCCUUGCUGCCUCCGUCCCCGCAGAUGCUGGCCCCAGCCUUUCCCCCGCCGUUGUUGCUGCCCACACCCACCGGAGACCCCCGGCUCCAGCCUCCUCCCUCCUUGCCCUUCGGUCUGGGAGGCUUCCCUCCACCUCCAGGCGUGAGCCCGGCUGAAGCGGCGGGAAUUGGGGAGGGGCUGGGAUUGGGGCUGCCCUCGCCCAGAGGCCCUGGCCUCAGUCUGCACCCCCAUAUCGGCGGGGCCGGGCCCCCCCUGGGGCUUCCCAAGCCAAAGAAGAGGACAGAGCCGGUGAAGAUUGCGGCGCCAGAGCUGCAUAAGGGGGAUUCAGAUUCCGAGGAAGAUGAACCCACAAAGAAGAAAACUGUCCUUCAGGGAUCCAGUGAGGGGACUGGUUUGUCCGCCUUGCUUCCCCAACCUAAAAACCUGACUGUGAAAGAGACUAACAGGUUGCUCCUGCCCCAUGCCUUCUCCCGGAAACCCUCGGAUGGCUCCUCUGACACUAAGCCCUCCAGACAAGCUUCUAAGACCAAGCCCUCUUCUCUCGCCCCUGUUGUGGGCACCACAACCACCACUCCAUCGCCCUCUGCUAUCAAGGCUGCUGCCAAGAGUGCUGCCCUGCAGGUGACGAAGCAGAUCACGCAGGAAGAGGACGAUAGUGAUGAGGAAGUAGCCCCUGAGAACUUUUUCUCCCUCCCUGAGAAGGCAGAGCCGCCUGGAGUUGAGCCAUACCCUUACCCCAUUCCCACUGUCCCUGAAGAGUUGCCUCCAGGCACGGAACCAGAGCCGGCCUUCCAGGACGAUGCAGCCAAUGCCCCCUUAGAGUUCAAGAUGGCAGCAGGCUCAAGUGGGGCCCCUUGGAUGCCUAAGCCUGGGGAUGACUACAGCUACAAUCAGUUUUCCACGUAUGGCGAUGCCAAUGCCGCUGGUGCUUACUAUCAGGAUUAUUACAGUGGUGGCUACUAUCCCGCACAGGACCCAACUCUGGUCCCCCCACAGGAAAUUGCCCCAGAUGCCUCCUUCAUCGAUGACGAAGCAAAAGAUGUGCAUCCCUUUGCAAACUUCUGCCUGUGGUUAAUACUGUGUUCAUCCACCUCCCUGUGUAUAUCCUCCUUGACAAGUUCAGUAGUUAGGCCCUUUUUGUUUUAAGCCUAGGAGGCAGCAGAGAGCUCAUCCAGUGGCAAAAGUCAGCUUCUUAUGGGUAGAGUGACCCCAGGAGGCCUUGCUAAUGCUCAGACCACAACCUGGGUUUCAUUGCAGGUUUCCGAGUGUUAUUGAAUUUAAUUCCCCUUUGCUCACACUCCUUCUAGGCAUAUCUCCUGGUGACUUGUGGUGUGAUUUUUUUUUUUUUUUUUUUUUUUUGAGGAGGAAAGAGUAGCAGUCUCCUAGAAAAUUUGCCAGGUCUUUUUUUGAGGCUUCCUCUCUCCCCAUCUCUACGUUCUCCUUCUCUCAUGUCUGGUCUGUCGUGCAGUCUGCUGAUUUGGUGAUACUGAACCAAUGCGAAGGAACAGACAUGUUAAAAGAACCAAUUUUUAGAAGAGAAAUCCUAAAAUUUUUUUUUUUGUACUGUUAAUUUGAAAAUAGUAUGCAGUCCUUUUAGGCAGAUACAAUUUAUAAAUAAUUUGAAUACAAAUUCAUAUCAGUGAUUCUCUGCACUCGCUUAUGUUUGGGAAUACAUUUUGGCCUUCCUUUCCCUGAGGCCAGGAGAACCUCUGAGAAGUAGCCUUUCACCUGGCUUUAAGGCCACUUGGUAGGUGGCACGGUGAAAGGACAUACUGCAUAGAGAGAAUUAAGGGUGCAAUGGAAUUGGGGAGGCCCAAAACCAUUCCAUAAACUCUGGAUCCUUGGUGACAUCUCCUGACCCCCUACCCAGACCCCCCACUCCUGAAUUUUUUCCCCCUUUUCCAGUUUAAGCGGCUGCAGGGCAAAAGGAACCGAGGGAGGGAGGAGAUCAACUUUGUGGAGAUCAAAGGUGAUGACCA